GUUACCCCCGCGCGGGUCUCGCGAGAGCCUGGCGCGCGGGGCGGGGGGAGCCCCAGCGCGAGCGGCGCCAGCGCGAGGACCCGGCCCGGCUCCCUCAGGCCGUGCAGGAUGGGUGACGACCGGCCCUUCGUGUGCAGCGCGCCGGGCUGCGGACAGAGGUUCACCAACGAGGAUCACCUGGCCGUGCACAAGCACAAGCACGAGCUGACGCUCAAGUUCGGCCCCGCUCGCACCGACUCCGUCAUCAUCGCAGAUCAGACCCCGACCCCGACGCGGUUCCUGAAGAACUGUGAGGAGGUGGGGCUGUUCAACGAGCUGGCCAGCUCCUUCGAGCACGAGUUCAAGAAGGCGGCCGAGGAUGACGAGAAAAAGGGCUCGGCCGCCCUGGACAUGUCGCUGCCCUCCACGCCGGACGUGCGGAUCAAGGAGGAGGAGCCGCUGGACGUGGACUCGUCCCCGCCCGAGAGCCCCUCGGCAGCGCGGCCCCGCUCGCCCCCGCGGGACCGGGACCGGGACCGGGACCGGGACAGGGACAGGGACAGGGACCGGGACAAGGAGGGCCCCCCCAAGGCCGUGGUCCUGUCCACCCCCACGCCCACCAUCGUGCGGCCGGGCUCGCUGCCGCUGCACCUGGGCUACGACAGCCUGCACGCCGCGGCCACGCUGCCCUCGCCAACGUCGGUCAUCACACAGGCACCGCCCGCCAGCCGGCACCUGGGCUCUCCCAGCUCCUCCCUCCCUCUCGUCGUGCAGCUCGCCAACGGCCAGACCGUGCCCGUGCUGCCCGGGCCCCCCGUGCAGAUGCCGUCGGUCAUCUCGCUGGCCCGGCCCGUGGCCAUGGUGCCCAACAUCCCCGGCAUCCCCGGGCCCCCCGGCAGCACCGGCGGCAGCAGCGGCGGCAGCAGCGGGUCCCUGUCGCCCUCAGCACUCCCGGUGCACUCGGAAGCCAAACUGAGGCUGAAGGCCAGCCUGGCAGCCUCCUCCUCGCUGAACGGCAGCAGCCUGGCCGUGGGCUCGGCCAGCACCUUGGUGACCGCGCGGCCGGAGCAGAGCCAGGGGGGACAGCACCCCGACACGCCGUCCCCGGCCCAGCCACAGGUGUCCCCGGCCCAGCCCACGCCCAGCUCGGGCUCCGGGGGCCGGCGCCGGCGCGCGGCUGACGAGGACCCGGACGAGCGCCGGCAGCGCUUCCUGGAGCGGAACCGCGCGGCCGCCUCGCGCUGCCGGCAGAAACGCAAGCUCUGGGUGUCCUCGCUGGAGAAGAAAGCCGAGGAGCUCACCAGCCAGAACAUCCAGCUGAGCAACGAGGUGACGCUGCUCAGGAACGAGGUGGCGCAGCUGAAGCAGCUGCUGCUGGCGCACAAGGACUGUCCGGUCACGGCGCUGCAGAAGAAGAGCCAGGGCUACCUGGAGAGCCCCAAGGAGAGCUCGGAGCCCUCGGGCUCGCCCGCGCCCGUCAUCCAGCACAGCUCGGCCUCGGCCGCCCCCAACGGGCUCCGCUCGGCCGCCGAGGCCGUGGCCAGCUCGGUGCUGGCCCACAUGGCCGGGCAAAGGACAGAGCUGGCCGUGCCCGCGGCCUCGCCCGUCAUCAUGGCCCCACAGGGACACUCUGCCGGCAGAUGAUGGCCCGGCCCGGGGGGACCUGCAUGGACUGAGCACAGCCCGCGGGGCGCCGGGCCCUCCCUUCCCUUCUGGAGCGUUGUGAGCACCGGCGGGACCUCCCUGUCCCCUGUGGAGCGUGUUCGUGGGCACCGGGACCUUCCCUCCUGCCUGGGGUCUGUUCUGAGGGCCCCAGGGCCUUCCCUGUCCUGUCCGGGGGUGUGUGAUGGGGGGCACGGGACCCUCCCUGUCCUGUCUGUGGUUCUGGGGCACACAGCCUUCCCUCUCCCGGCUGGGUUCUGUUCUGGGGGUCCCAGGACAUUCCCUGUCCCUUCUGGGGUUUCGUUCUUCCUGUUCUGGUUUGGUUUAAGGGCGGCUCUGGCGCUUUCCCCUCGACGGAGCCCCCGGGCAGGGCGGGUUCGGGGCUCCUGUGGCAAACACUAAAUGUGGGGAGCCCCAGUGGGGGCCCUGUCCCCGGGCUGGGGGCUGUGACACUCCGGUGACACUCCCUGCUGUCCCCGUGUGCUGUCCCCGUGCUGCAGGGGGCUGUGACACUCCGGUGACACUCCCUGCUGUCCCCGUGUGCUGUCCCCGGGCUGGGGGCUGUGACACUCCGGUGACACUCCCUGCUGUCCCUGUGUGCUGUCCCCGUGCUGGGGGCUGUGACACUCCGGUGACACUCCCUGCUGUCCCCGGGCUGCUCCCAGGCUUGUCCCCACUCCCCAGACGGUUGCACCUUCACCAGGAGCCUCCCGGAGCUCUGAGCUCUGGCACCGAGGGCUCCUCCAAGGGCAAACCCAGCCCCGGGAGCUGCUGCCCCUCAGGGACCCCGAUGACCUCAGAAAUGGCCUUAAACGAUGGGAUUGUCCCGAGGGAGGGAGCGGGAACGGGCCGGGGUUUGGGGCCGAGCCUCGGUCACUGCCCGGCCGGAGCAGACAAAGGAGGGGCAGGAGCUGGGGUCGGGUCCUUGUCCUGCGGGGGGGGCACGGGGCUCUGUCCCCUCUGUGCCUGGGGGGCUCCGGAGCUUCCGCAGGUGCUGCAGAUGGAGCGGGGAAUGGGAGAUAACAACGGGGAAUGGGAGAUAACGGGGAAUGGGAGAUAACGGGGAAUGGGAGAUAACGGGGAAUGGGAGAUAAUGGGGAAUGGGAGAUGGGGAUGGGAAUGGGGGAUUAUGGGCAAUGGGGAAUUAUGGGGAAUGGGGGAUUAUGGGGAAUGGGGAAUUAUGGGGAAUGGGAGAUGGGAAUGGGGAAUGAAUGGGAAUAAGAAAUGAGGAAUGGGGAAUGGGAAUGGGAAAUAAUGAGGAAUGGGGAAUGGGGAGUGGGGAAUGGGAAAUAGUGAGGAAUGGGAAUGGGAAUUGGAAGGGCCCCGCGUGGCUCUGGGGUGCGGAUGGAAUCCUGUCCCGGUCCAUGGCCCUGCCCCAGCCCCUGGAAUCGCUGCCCCUCGGUCCCUCCUCAGCCGAGCCCCCCUCAGGUCGCACUCGCCACUUUGCAGCCACGUUGGUUGGUUGGUUGGUUGGUCCGGGUGAUUUUGGUCGGUUCCUCCGCACUUGGAAGGUUCCCAGGGACAGCGCAACCCAAAGCCGGGGCUGAGCAGGGCCUGGGAUCCCGGCGCUGAUGGGAAGUCCUGAGGUUUGGGGUUUUCGCGGCCGUGGAAUUCAGCUUCUGCCCUCCCUCCCUGCCUGCCUGCCCGCUGUGCCUCGCCCGGGGCCGGGUCAGGCGGGGUUUGUGUUGCUGCUCCUGCUCUCCCCUUUCUCCUCCUGCUCAUCCCAGCUCCUCUCCUGCCGCAGCCUCGGGGGUCUCUCGUUGGGGUCCCACAGAUCCCCCAGAGCCCUUUCCCCCCUAAAGCUGUUCCUGAAGCCCAGCCCCGGCACUGCCCGUCCCGACCGGGCUCUUGGUGCCGCAGGGCGCGGCCGGGAGGGCCCGGGGCCGUUCUGGGGAGCGGAUUUUGGGCAGCAGCUCCCCCAGCCCCUCCUGGGAUGGGGGGCGGGAGCAGCUCCCCCUCCCCACACCCCCACGCCAGUGCCUUGAGAAUUCUGCAAAUCCCGGAAAAGGAAAGCGCCAAAGGGGCUCAGGGACAGGCGGGAACGAGCGGAGUCCGGGUUCGGCUGUGCCUGGGUCACUCGCGGCGUUGGAGCUUCCCGUGCCCGUUCCCCGUGUGUUUUACCCCAAAAGCAGCGGCCCCUCCUCGCUUUGGGACCGCUUUUGGGGCGACCCGCCCCGAUUCUGCUCCGAGCGAUUCCUCCCGGGGGCGGCAGCGCCGGGGGCCCGCGCUUUGCUCUGCCCGGGACUCCGGGGGACGGAGCCUUCCUCCGGUGUCCUCCUGUGUCCGCCUGUGUCCCCCUGUCCCCGCUCCUGUCCCCGCUCCUGUCCCUCCCUGCCGCGACCCGCGGGACACCGGGGGCUCCCAAGGGCUCCGGCCUGGGGCGGGAUCGGCUGCGGGGUUCGGGGUUUGUGGAUUUUACCGGAGUUACGGAACAGGAACGGGCUGCAGGCCCCGGGGAGCCCCGCGGCGGGGCAGCUGCUGCUCCCUCCCUCCUCCUCCUCCCUCUUCAGCCUCCAGAUCCUCGCGGAUCGGGAAGAGUCGGUCCCGCUUCCCCCCGCCCCGGUGUUUGGUCCGGGAUCCUUGGCCCGGGUGGGAAUUGUGACGUUUUGGGGCUCCUGGACCCGUUCCGGCUCUGUUGGCCCCAGAACGAGCCCGGGAGGUGCGGAAGGGACAGGGCAGGAGGGUCCCGGCGCGCCCCCCACCCCCCCCAGCUGCUUUGUGCCACGAGCUUUGACGAUCAAUAAUGGAAGAAGCCAAAAAGGACCCCGAGUACCUGUGUAGUAUCUUAUCAGUCCAUAUCGACGCGUAUACGCACCCAUGUAUCGUAGAGCGGCCGCCGCGGGCCUGCCCCGACCCCCGGCGCCCCCGAGGGACCCCCGGCCCGCCCGGCUCCUGUGAGCGGGUCCUCACAGCCCCGCGGGGGCACCGGGGGCGCUCCCAGCCUGCCCGCCCUCGGCCGUGUCAUACCAAACAUGUAACGUGCCUUUUAUUUAUGCUGCAAAUAUAACAUUAAAUAUUACCCAGGA